AUGGCCACCUUUGAGAAUACAAAUGCUGCCCAAAAGCAGGACUGGAUGAAGUGUUUCGAUGACCCGGACUAUGAGGAUCUGUUAAAUAUUGCCAGAAAUGGACUGGAAAAGUCUUCGACGCCAAAGACGGUGGUGAUAGUUGGGGCAGGAAUAAGUGGACUCACAGCUGCCAAGCUGCUGAAAGAUGCAGGACACCAGGUACACGUUUUGGAAGCCAGUGACCGUGUAGGGGGGAGGAUUAAGACGUAUCGUGAGAAGGACUGGUACAUUGAUUUGGGGCCUAUGCGUCUGCCCAAGACACACAGAAUCAUUCGUGAAUACCUUAAGAAGUUCAACCUCACAUUAAACCCAUUUGUCCAGACGGAUAAGAAUGCCUGGUAUUUAAUCAAAAAUAGAAGGGAAAAGGUAGGAACUGUGAAUGCAAAUGCCAACCUGUUUGGAUAUCAAGUGAAUCCAGAGGAAAGGGGAAAGUCUGCUGAUCAACUCUACGCGGGAACACUGGAUAAGGUCACAAAGAACUGCACGAUUCUGAAGGAGAAAUAUGACUCGUAUUCUACCAAGGAAUACUUAAUUAAAGAAGGAAAUCUGAGCAGAGGGGCAGUGGACAUGAUUGGUGACCUCUUGAAUGAAGAUGCGGGAUUCCAUAUUUCCUUCCUUAACUCUGCCUUGGAAUAUGUGACGUUCUUUGACGAUGGCAGUUUUGAGGAAAUCACGGGUGGCUUUGACCAGCUCCCACUGGGCUUCCUGCAGGCGAUGCCCAGGACAGUCCACUUUGAUAGCAGAGUUGAGAAGAUUGCUCACUUCGGCAAGAAAGUGCAGGUGUCUUUCCGCAAGCCGGGCAAAGGUGCCUUGUCAAGUCUGGUGGCCGACUAUGUCCUCGUCACAGCGACUGCAAAAGCCACGCGACUCAUCAAAUUCCAGCCCCCUCUGUCCCAUUCAAAGGCCCACGCCCUGCGCUCUUUUCACUACGCAAGCUCUACCAAGAUAGCCUUGGUUUGCACAGAGAGGUUCUGGGAGAAGGAUGGGAUCCGAGGUGGGAGGUCAAUUACGGACCACCCAUCCCGAAUUAUCUACUACCCAAACCACAACUUCCCCAGCGGGCUGGGGGUGCUCCUGGUUUCUUACACCUGGAAUGAUGAUGCCGACUUUUUUGUGCCUUUGAGUGACGAAAAGUGCAUUGAUGUGGUGAUGGAUGACCUGGCAGAAAUCCACCAAGUGAGCAAAAAUUACCUCAGAUCUGUUUGCACCAGGCACGUGAUACAGAAAUGGGCCCUGGACAAGUUUUCAAUGGGGGCCUUUGCUUCCCCCACCCCUUACCAGUUCAGUCAUUUUUUCAAGACUUUGUUUCAGAAUGAAGGAAGGGUGUAUUUUGCCGGGGAACAUACUGCCCACCCUCAUGCCUGGAUUGACACGGCCAUGAAAUCUGCUAUCAGGGCAGCGAGUAGUAUUAACCUUCGAGCCAGCAAACCCACCCUGUAGGAGCUGCAGAAACAGGCUUGGGUGUUGUCGAUUGUUCCUGGAAUAGGCGCAUCAGCUCCUCU